AUGUCUCUUGAGCCAGUGUGGGCCGUGAAAUGCCCGACUAUUACGGUGGUGGUAUCGCGACUCGAUGGUGCUGUGCUUAUGUUACCUUCCAAGAUGCCUCUUAUUCUGGAGGGCUUUGGUGGCUUGCCGACAGAGGGGAAAGCCUUGCUUUUGGUGGGCUUUAAGGCUUGGUUCCAGGGGCCACCUGCUUGUGCCCAUCAGGCCGGCUGUCGCACGAUGCCGCUGACUGCGUGUUUGGAGCGGGAUUUUGGCAGGGCCUGCCUUGCCUGCUGGCAGCCGAAGGGUUCUCUUGAGGGCUUUCUUGAUGCCGGGUUCCAGCUGAUACAUGUAUCAUCGCAGGCGGUGGUCAGGGCAGCUGCAGCCCCACCGCCGGCCACUGCACAGGAGGCCAGGGAUCACCUGAGUUCGGCAGCUCUUGCCAUUGCACUGGUGCGAUGCCCCGCUGGGCUCCCCCUCUCUUCUGCCACCGAGCUCCCUGAGCCGACCGAUGCCCCUCUUGUGCCGGUGACGGCGAGUUGUGCAGGCACCCUGAGGGAAAUUGCCCUGGAUCUUCCCCUCUCGUGGCACUCGCCGGGGUCCUUCUUGGCGGUACUUCACCACCGGCUCCUCCAUGCUUGCGAUUGGGUCCCAGCAGGGACCGAGCUGCUCCUCAUUGCUUGUGGCCCGAAGCCACCGAACACUCGGCCCGCCAUUCGCAUUCCCAAGAAUUUGGGCACCAAUAUGGGGGAGGUACCUGCCGAGGUGCGGCUCGAAGCCCUCCGGGGGCAGGCGCAGUGGCUGGCUGAUGACCAGAUCAGUUUCCUCCUUGACGUCUGUGCUGCGGAAAGCGGUCGGGCUAUCCUAGUGGUUGACCCGCUGCUGGCAAGUGCUGCUCUUCACAAUUCCAGCCCUGCUCCCUUUGAGGAGGCUUUGGCUAAGUGCCCGGCCUGGGCAGAGGCCAUUACUGUUGCUUGGCACCUUGGCCACUGGAUUGCGUUCCAUUGGAAACGGGAGGGCUGCAAUAUUUUGGCGUGGUCCAGCACCCCCAUGAAGGUGCAAGGCGGCAUCAUUGAUGAGGAGGCCCCAAGGCCCGCUGAGCCUGGUUUCUGUGGCUACUUUGCCUUGGCUGAUCUCCGGGCCCGGCUGCAUUCGGCCGCCUACCUCACCUCGACCGAGGCUGUUCAGUCAAUUGGGAAUGCUCUUGGGCCUUUUGUUGCCGGGCUUGAUACCCGUGACGGGGCGUCCCGGAAGACGCUGUUGAAGCCAGGGUCCAUGAAGCUGUGCAGCGAGUUGGUCAUCAUCCCGGAAGGGGAGUUUGAGCAUGAUGGCAAUCCGCUUUCGCAGAUCUCUCUCAGGGAGGCCUACUUGUCCAUUGCCAAGCCAGUCUCGUCUAAGGCCCUGGGACUUUUGGUGUUCGGCCAGGUCGACCUGUCGAUUGGUGACCGGUUUGUGCAGAAGCGGGCCCCUGCCAAAGUCGAGACUCUGGAGCUCCCGCCUUCCUCCAUCGUCCGGGUGGCAAUCUAUAGGGACGAAUGGGCAGGGCCUUGGUCGCUUGUCCAACAAAAGCCAAUCCGCGCCUUGCUGGAGGCAUGCUCUCGCCUGCAAACUUGCACUCAGGUAGGCUGCCAGUGUGAACAAUGGCAUGGCACAUCGGACCCCGGGGUCCCGGAGGCUUUGCUUGAGGUUUGGGGCCGUUCCUACGUGUCGGAGUCGAUGCGGCUGAGGCAGCUUGUGUUUUCAAUGCUUUUCUGCGUGUCCCAGCUGGCCUGCUGGAAACCUUGCUGGGCUCUUCGGGGGGAGGCGGCAUCUACUUUGAGCCCAGAGGCGAUGAAGCCCGGCAGCAUUCGCCCCUCGGUUGCCUGGACGCCAAAGGCCACUAGGCAGGAGGUCACCCUCGCCAGGCAAUCCACACCACAGGCCCUUGGCAUCGCUCGGAUUGGUCAGCGAUUUGGGGUUCGCAGCAAGGUUGAACAUGCGGAGGAGGUCCAUUCCCUUCUCAAGCCCGCCUCCACUUACUUCAAGCAAGAAUGGGCACUCACUUUUCAUGCAGGGCCCUGGCCGUAUGGGAGUCAGCGAGGAGCCAUUGCUAAGGUCCUAGAGUCCUGCAUUUGGAAGGCUAGGCCAUCUGGUGAUGGACAGUGGUGGGCCAUCAAGGCCGAGACAAGCCCACCGCAGGCCGUGCUCCACCUUCAGCAGGGAGAGAUUCUGGUUUCAGAGGCCAAGGCCAAGCCCGGGGUCAAGGGUCCUGUGCAGGAGGUCCUGGUUGCACCUCGUGCCGUGUUGGAGGCUGUUGCCACUCCUGGCAAACUUGCCGAGGACCCCCUUCAAAUCAACGAUCCGUGGGCUGCUGCUGCAGCUGCUGCCAAGCCAAACCCUGGUCGGAGCUCUGUUGCUGCCACUGCUAGCAAUGAUUUCGGGGCCAUGGCUCGAUCCCUUGAGGCAAAACUAUCCGCCCAGGUCCGAGGGGCGCGUGUCCAGGCCCUGGAAUCCUCUGUUGCCACCGUCACCAAGAAGGUGGAUGGCCAGGAAGCCGCCCUCACGGCUGCUUUUCAGUCGCUUUUUGAGCAGCAGACUGCCCGAAUCGAAGAGUUGCUGGGGCCGAAGCGCCAACGGCAUGAGCCAACCUGUGAUCCCGAUGAGGGGGCUGAGACUUUUGUUUUGGGCAUCUUUCGCAACGGCCUUAAGUAUGCCAAUGCUCCUUUUCGGUUUUCGCCGGGCCCUCCGGCACCACCUCGAGCGAGAAGCCCCGUCACGGGCGAUUACACCGGGGUGGGUUUCCUUUCUUCGUUCCCGUGCAGGGCGUCUCCCUGCGAUUUCGCAGCCGACCUGGUUGCCACGGCCAGGUUACAUGUGGCUUCUUUCCUUCUCGGGUCCACCUGGAUUUUGGGUGCGGCCAUCUAUGGUCUUCCUGUUGCCCCGGCGGCGACUGAAACCUUGCUGCAGGCGGCUACCACCCGGGUGGUCCUGCAGGGUCAGGGGCCUCGUUUUCUGGCUGGCGAUUUUAAUCUUGAGCCCGAGGCCCAACAGCUGGCCCCGUUCUGGGAGCAACAUGGCUUCCUCGAUGUUCAGGACCUUUGGCACAGGCGCUGUGGCCAGCUGCCACAGGUUACUUGCAAAGCUUCAACCCGCAAGGAUUUUCUUUAUGUCUCUGCGGAAUUCCACCACUUACUGGAACAGGUCACUGUGGACGACACCUGGUUUUGUGAUCAUGCUGUCUUGUCGGCCACCUUCCGACUGCAAGGGCUACGGCAGCCUUGUCCGAUUUGGCGGAUGCCCCGCCCUCGGCAAUUGCCUUCCGACAUGCAGCUUCCUCUGCCUGCCUGUGUCUUCCCUGCUUUGGCCCCCGAUGGCGAUCCUUCUCAAUCGUACCGCCUGAUCUGGGAGCACUAUGAAAAUCACCUUUCCCACUGUCUCCAGCUCGCGGGCAACCGGCCCCUUUCAAAGUCUGAGCGUGGCCGGGCCGAAACAACUGAGGUUACUGUGGUGGUGCGCCAGGCCACCGUUGUGCCGGUUGGUUGCAAGCCCUUGUCCAAAGUCUGGCUAAGAGCUCUCCCACGGACACGGCUGUGGGCCCCCGGCUUCUUUCCCAACUUUCGAGCCUAUUGGCCUACUCGCUCUGUAGUCUCUGUUGGUGACCCUGCCGUGGUCCCGGUGGGCAUCCCUGGCUUGGCCACUGCUAGGGCCUUGUUUGCUGCCUUCCAGGCCAAUGUCAAUGCGAUGGAGAAACAUCUCCAAAAGACCCGUAAGAGGGAGGCCAAGGCGCGACGGGCCAAGGACCCCAUGAUGAUCUUUCGUGACAUAGGGUCAGGCCGAGCGGCUCCUGUUGAGUCUAUCGUUGAGGGUGUUUCGGCCAAGGUCUCUGCUGUUGACCCGGCGUGUGGUUCGGUGGGCUUUGCUGCUGAUGUGGACUGGCAGGCCGAUGCCGGUUUCCUGUUGAAUCAAAAGCCAGUCGAGGUUCACCAUGCGGAGCCUGACAUGCUGUGGGGCGAUUUCGCCCUGGCCAAGGUUGGGGAUGUCAUUUCUCAGCAAACCCCGACUGCAAGCCUGCCUGCCCUGUUCCGGGCCUUUGGGGGCCAUUGGUCUCGUUUCUGGCUAAAGCACGAGCAGGUUGACCCUGAUACUUGGCGCCGGUUCGGCCCGUCAUGGCGGCCUCCUCAAUUUCCAAUUGCAAGGCCCACCACACCGCUCCCGCGGUUUUGCCCGGGAGGUUACGAUGCAAGGCCGCUGGGCUUGGCGAGCCCGUAUGGAAGCCCACACCCGGUAGGGAAACGAGAGGACACAGAUGGGGCGGUAGUGCCCUGUGACAGUGGCCCCUUCCAUCUUUUCAAUGGCAGUGACAGAGGCUUCAACCAUUUGCCGUGGCCAAGAACCGGUGCUUUCGGCCCGGUGGCAAAGGGCAAUCAUCUGCUCAGUGAGACACACUGGCAGGGCCAGGAGGUCGGUCCGAGAAACACCAUCGGGACCGGUGGCGGAAAAGGCAUGCUUGGCACGAACAGCUUCUCGCCACCCUUCAACCGGGCAACACCACUGGUGGGGGCCUUCCUGGAUCUCUCCAAGGCCUUCAAUACCCUGCCCAGAGCACCGGUGUUUGCCCUUGCCCUCCAUUACGGGGUGCCUGCCAAGGUUGUCAAGGCCUGGUCCGGGGCCGUGGCCACUCUGACUCGCCGCUUUCGUAUCCGUGGUGCCACAGGCCCAGCAUUGCCGAGCUUUACAGGCUUUGCUGAGGGUGACCCCCUCUCGUGUUUGGCCAUGGCCGCGGUCGACCUGGCCUUGCAUCGUCGCUUUGAGGCAAAGGCCGAGACCACCUCGCUGGAUUCUUUCGUUGAUGACUGGCAGCUUCAAGGGGCGGCUCCGGAUGCGGUCAUUAGGGCGGUUGGUUUAGUUGAGGAAUUCACUCGAGGCUGGGACUUGACCCUUGAUCCGUCCAAGAUGAUCAUGUGGGCUACCGACCCACUGCACAGGCGUGAGCUCCGCAGAGCGGGCCACAACGUGGCCCAUUCCGCUCGGAGUUUAGGUGGGCAUAUUGCAACCACGCGAGCUCGCUCCAAUGGGACGCUUCAGGGUAGGGUUGCUGGGGUUGAUAAGCUUUGGCCCCAACUCCGUUCCUCGCCUGCGCCUCUGAGCCAGAAGGUUCGUGCACUCCACGUGGGAGCAUGGCCAAGGGCCCUCCAUGCCGUCUCAAGCACAAAUCUUGGUGACACUUUGAUCGGCCACUUGCGGUCUGGAGCCAUGAAAGGACUUGGCCUUGAGGGGCCGGGUGUUAACCCUGACGUCGCUCUCAGCCUCGUCUGCUACCCGCUCGCGGACCCGGGCUACUUUGUCCUUGAGUCUACCUUCCGGGAUCUGAGGGCUUUUGGCCUGAAGGAGAGAGUAGUGCCGAUGAUCGAGGAGCUCUUGGCUUCAACGAGCCGCUGGAGCCCGGGACCGAUCCAGGUCUUUUUGGAAAGGUGCUUUGCCGUUGGCAUUUCCUGGAACGCGGCUGAGGCUGCCUCGGAGGACUCGAUUUCAUGCUUUGACCUCUGGGAUGUGAGCCCACAAGAGCUCCGGCACCGUUUGGUUUUUGCUUGGCAGAAGCGGGUUUGCUCUCAAGUGUCUUCGAGACCCGGCUUUGCAGGGCUUACUGGUGCAGACCCGCAGCACACUGCUGCCCUGAAGAAAGGCUGGAGCCCCACUGACUGCAAACAUGCAUUCAAUACGCAUACUGGUGCCUUUUUCACUCAGGAUGCCCUGAGAUACUUUGGUGAUGGGCCUACGGAGUGUGCUUCCUGCAAGUACUGUGGGGCUUUGGAUAGUGUUCGACAUCGUGUUUGGCAUUGUCCGCGCUUUGAUGAGGCACGGAACACCGCCGCCGCAGCAUGCCUUCCUGAUCCAGGGACUCUUCCUGAAGCCAUGGCCCUGCGAGCCUGGGUCAUGCGACCAGCUCCUCUUGUGGAGCUUUGGCGGCUCCUUGCAGCCAUCCCGGACACUACCUGCGAGCUCAAUGUUCCGGCCACCCUGGAGCCCCUGGUGCACCUCUUUACCGAUGGGUCCUGUUUUCUGCCUGGGAUACCACAGCUGCGACUUGCCUCCUGGGCAGUGAUUUGCAUGCCGACCACGGGGCAGCCGGCUACCCUGGUCUCGGCGGGGCCUGUUUGGGGGCUGAUCCAAACUGCAUUUCGGGGCGAGAUCACGGGUGUCCUUUCGGCAUUGAGUUUUGCAGUGACUACUCGUAUGCCGGUCUGUAUUUGGUGCGACUGUGCAGGUGUGGUCCGCACUUUGAGGAGGAUGCUGGACAAUGGUUUUUGUCCUCGGUCUCAAAGCCCUAACUCUGACCUUUGGAGGCGGGUCUUCCACCUGGCGAGGCGGGCCCCUGCUGGCACAACGAUCCGGAAGGUCACGGCUCACGUUGAGUUGGACAUGGCCUCUGAUGUGGCAGAGGAAUGGGCUGCUCAGGGAAAUGAUGCCGCUGACAAAGCGGCUACCGUGGCAAACUGGAAUCGCGACCCAGCCUUUUGGGAGGUAUGGGAAGAUGUUCGGAAGGACUACGUGGUCCAGGACCUUCGCGGGCGAGCAGUUUUGGAGCUACACCGGACGGACCCUCCGGUUGGCUAUGACUGUGACAUUCGGCCCUUGCCGGGAGCGCUCCCGCGCCAUCUGGGCCGAUUCGGGGGCGAAUACAUAUGCGAACUGCAUGCGUGGCUACAGACUCUGGCUGCGGGCAAUGGUGGCCCCAAGUGGGUAUCUUUUCUGCAUCUGUAUGCUGCAUUUGUUUUCGAUACCGCGAGGAUCCCUCCGAUUUAUAACAAACGCAGCAAGCACUGGGAGCACUUUCCUUCUGAUGACUUACGGAUACAGACUGUUUCCCUGGGUGAGCGAGUUCGCUAUUUUCGUCGUCAUGUCAAAGCCAUUAUCCACGCUGUGGCGGGAAAGCUGUCGGUUCAAGAAACUCGGCCGGACUCAGCGGCUCUCGCGGUGAAAGUGGCAUGUGCUUUCGUUGUGCUGCCUCAGGGCACCUUUGAUAGGAUUGAAAGUUGGCUUGUAUCGCAGCUCCCAAAUGGGGCAUGCGUACAACAGAGUCGUGAAUGGACGGCUCUUCCUUUCCCGCCUGUCGGUUGA